AACGUUAAUAGUUGCAGGCUGUCUUUGGAGUGAAAUAUGUCCCCUGCAACUGCGGCAGCUUUAAACCCUGCAACCCCGCCCCUCAGCACUAUCACAUGAAUCUGGACUCAACUGUGGAUGGGAAAAAAAAGUUUGGAGGUCUCGCUCAGAUCACUUUUCUCCUACUAGUUUUAUAUUUUUAUACUGUAGGCGGAUUUUAGUUUAAAGUUUGCAUCGGAAAUCAGUGUCUGAGUGUUUCUCCGGCUCCAACUUAUUUUUUUCCCCCUGCAGGAAUACAGAGAGAGAGAGAGGGGGGAAACGGUCUGUCUGCUUGAAGAUUUGUUGCGACACCAAACUUUGGCGACAUGGACGCGCACCGCGGCGCGCCUCCGGCCGGGCAGCAGGUCGUGCACGUCCGCGGGGACUCGCAGACGGAGCUGGAGGCCCUCUUCAUAGCGGUGAUGGACCCCAACAAUCCGGGCAGACCGCCGGCCUCUCUGCCCAUGAGGAUGAGGAAACUGCCGGACUCCUUCUUCAGGCAGCCAGAUCCUCGAGGCCACUCCAGACAAGCCAGUUCGGAUGGAGGUGUGUGCGGUUCCCUCACUCCUCAUCACGUCCGCGCCCAUUCCUCCCCUGCCUCCCUCCCAGUCAAUUCCCUCUCCACUCAAGCGGCCGAUGUAGCAGCGACGCCAAUGAUACCUGACGAUGUGCCACUCCCCCACGGUUGGGAAAUGGCCAAAACGCCUACUGGCCAACGAUACUUCCUCAAUCACCUGGAAAAGACAACCACUUGGCACGACCCCCGUCUCUCGCAGCUUCAAUCGGCUGCAGCCCAGCAUCCUAUCUCUGGCACUCCAGUCCAUGCCCACUCCCUCAGCAACCCAGCACCCACCACGCAACCACAAAACAUCAAUCCAGAGACAGUCCAGAAGAUGAACCCUGGCAUCCUUGGCAUGGCAAUGCAGCAAAGACAGGAAAAGGAACGACUCAGAUGCAAACAACAGAUGCAAAUCACAUCACAGGACGCUGGAGGAAGGAACCAGAUGCCUGGUGGGAUGGACCAUGACAGGAACGCACAGACGCUUGUCCCGUCUCUGGAUGUCAGGAUCCGAACCCCGAACCACGAACCUACACUUAACGGCGCUCACUCUCGCAAUGAGAGCACUGACAGUGGCCUGAGCGUCAGCAGCUUACCGCGCACGUCGGACCACAUGUUGAGCUCUGUGGAUCACAUGGACACUGGUGACUCUGGCGAAACCUCUUCGAUGACCCUGCAAGAGUCGAUGCCUGUCCUCCCGAUGUCUGAGGGCGAGGAGCUAAUGCCCUGCAUCCCUGAAGGUCUGAGUUCAGACCUCCUGAUGGACAUGGAGACCGUUCUCUCUGGCUCGCAUAUGGACAGAGACAGCCUGCUCACCUGGCUAUAGACACGCCCGGCCACCCACCACCAUCAAGUCUUCAUUACAUGACUCUGAUUUCUGGAGGAUUUUUUGUGGCUUCAAAAGUGGUACAAGAGCAACAUUACAGAGCAAAUACUCUACUGUCGUGUGAUGGAUACCUAACACUACUCGUGCCCUGAGGAUUGAAAUAAUCUGACUGUCACAGAAGGUGGUAAGCUGCUGGUAUUCUCCUCCUCUUCGGGCCUUGUUUUACAGGGAUGCACAACGGAGCAUCUGUAUUUUUAUGACACUCCUUUCUUUUUAGUCAUCAACCUCAGAUGAAGCUCCCCACAUCUUUGGUAAAGUGCGUCACAGCUAAUUUUAGGGUACAGAUUUGUUUUAUUAUCCCCUCUUGGGUAAUACUGUUUGCAACAAACUUUUAAAAGCACAGUGUCAAGUCAGUUAAGUCUACAUGUAACAGUUACAUAAACGCAAGAAAGACAUGUUAAAAUAACAUCAAAUGUCCUUCAGUUACUUCAUGGGAUAAAAGUGCAACAUCUUGUGCUUCUACCAAUUAAAGGCUGCUUAGAAGCGGCCUCUAAUUUGUGAUUUUAGCGCACAUGUUCACAGUUGUUCAAAACAUGUUCUUCAAAAGCGUCAAAACUGACAGUAAGAGAUGAGUCAGAUAAUUUAUUUGUAUUAACACUACAUAGGUUGCAUUAAAUUAGUGAUUCCUGCUGGAAAAAGAAUAUAAUUACUUCGAGGAGAUCACGGUGCAGAGGAGCUUUUGUAAAUAUUGGUCGCCCCUUUUUUAUCUUCGAUGCAACGAGCUGAAGAGAUGACUGGUGUUUCAAAAUUGAUGAUUCGACUGGAGUCAUCGAUGCUCCGCAGAAACAUCAAGGGGGGGAGAGGACGCACCCUUGUGGCGAGCCAGUAGAAGAUAAAAAACACUCAUUUAGUCUCAAACUUUAUAAACAGUCAGUUAAAAGGCUCACAGGCCAGAAACCAGUAUUAAAACCCACAUCAGAGUUGCUUGUACGUCUGCAUGGAAGACUUUGGGGGUGCUCCAAACCAAGAGAGGGUACCUUCUUUUUUUUUUUUAAAUGAAGUUAAGGAGGAUAAGCUUUAUCUUUAGUCACAGUAGAAACCUCAUUCCUAAAAAAUCUGUCAAAAGCCUUUUUGUUUAGAGAAAUAAAGGAGACAAGUGUAGAGGAGUCUUAACUUUGGACACUAAAAUUGUAAUAGAGUCUGUUGGGGUUGGAAUAUACAGAGGAUGUCUGCAGUAAAUGAACAUGCGUACAUUAUAAUGCAAUCCAAGACAAUACAGGGUUUCCAACAGGAAGCUGUAAUCCUAACGCAUCGUGUCUUGUGAUCAAUUUAGUCAGUAGAUGACAGCAUGAACAAUAGCCACACUCAUUAGAUAUAAGGCCUUUGCUGUGUAAAAUAGCUCCUCUGCUCUUGUUGUUUUCAUUUUCUGCUCUAAAACCUCUACAAUAGCCUUGCUAUAACCAAGUUACUAAUAUUCAACACACUGUGUCUGACAUUAAUUGAAAUAUAUGGUUAUAAGUUUUAAGUUUUGUUGUUGUGUUGGAUUGCAUUUUAUUGUAGUGCCAGUUAUUGUGUCCACUCCUGGAUUGAAUAUAAGCUUCACAAAGGUAGUAUUUAUUGGAGGUUUGUUUUAUUUGGAUUGCAUUAUAUUGUACAGUCGUUGUAAUAUUAUUAUGUCCGCCCCUUCUUUAAGAAAUGAUGCCACAUAGUCGCCACAUCAGGACGUUUUUCUCUCCUUUGUGUGCAGAAGAGAUUUUAGCAUGUUCUCCUCAUCAGUGCUCUCAGUAGCUUUUACGUUGGCUCUGAAGCAUUGAUGAAAAAUAUAAAUCAGCCAGCACCCCGUCAACUUUAGCAUUAAACAGUUUUAUUCAUUUUUCCCCACUAUUGACUUGAUACAUUCCUAAAAAUGUCCUUUGUCACAUCUUCAUUGGUGAUCAUAGUGGGGUUUUUGCCACAGAAAGACAUUUAGGCAUUUAGGUUUUAGCUCCUGAACUACAAAUCAUCUAUACUUGAUACUUUUGCUGACUGUUUUUGAAUGCAUGCUGAUCGAGUUUCAGAUGUUCUUUUCCAGCCGUUAAAGACAUCCAUUGUUUUUCCGUUCAUUUCCUUUUUUAGCACAAAGAUCAAUUAACAGACUCUUGAAACUUACUUAACAUUGAACAUCAAAAAUAUUAUUUUUUUUGUCAGUCUUGCUUUUUCUUGGCGCGGUAAAUGCAAUUUCAGCGCAGAUUGAUGUGGAAAGUCUGCAUUAGAUGCCUGGAACGGUAGGAAAAAAACACAUUCAGAUUUGUUUUGUAAGAGCAGCAUGGUUUGCAAAAUACUUAGCAGUGAUGUAAAAUGUGUGAUUUGUUGUAAAUAGACUAAAACAUGCAAAAAAUCAGUGAUAUAGUUCUUAAAGUUUGCUACCACUCUGUAGAGUUAUAACACCCUCUGUCCAGAUUUUCCUUUGCUCAAGUUUUCCGCUCUUUAAAGAGUCAUUUUUGUAAGUGUGAACGAGGAGAACUUUGGGCUUAAAAAAUGAACUUCUGACCUGUUGUAUGAAUCAAGGACCCUGUUGUGCCUCCUCAGAAAAGCGACAUACUAAUUGCAGAUGCUGUGUUGGUUUAUUUUGCUCUAACUGUGCUAUCAGGUGCUUCCCUAACAUACAGAAGGCAAUCGUCAGUACGAGGAGCUCUUUAAUUCUCCUCAUUUAGUUAAACUAUAUAAUAAGUAUAUAAUCCGUUUUUAUUCGCUGGGUUGUUUCUGCAGUGUGUUUAUAUUUUUAUCUGAAUUUGAAGCUGUUAAUUAUCGGUGAGAGCAUUUCUUCUAACCAGCUUCCUUUUUUUUUUUUUUUUUAAUAUAUGUAUCGUAUAUAAAACAACAUCCCCGAAUACAGAGCCACCUUUUUUGUAAUCUUUUCUAAAUUAAAGUGCCACGGGCCUGGAGCAAUUUACUGCUCACACACCCAAUGCAACACACUACCUAGCCUAUUAUUUAUCUUAGCAUGCAUGACACUCCCUAUGUAUGUAACAUAUAAUGACGUUUAUUAUCCUAUUUACAGAGAGUUUGGAGGCAAUCAGACUUGUUUUGUACCUUUUUAUGCAUGUGCUUUAUAUAAAUUUAUUUCUUCUUACUCUCACUGUAAUCAUUUUAAAGGAGUUUUUUCUGUUUAAUAAACUUUUAAAUGUACACAAUCAA